AAAACGCUGAAAACGUACGGAUAAACGUCAAAAUCAUCAAAAUAAAUGGCAGCCGUCUUGCAAUUUAUUCCUGUUUUCGAUAUAUUUUGUACAUUUUACUAAACAUAAACGUUUAUAAAUGAACGCGUGGUGAUACUGAUUAUCGAAGCACUGGUGUUUUUUCAUUUAACAGAAUAUACAAACGGCUAAGCCUGAACAAAAAACAGUCGAGUUUCAAGUGACAGUCGCUCCACACCACACGCACCAUGGAUCAGAUGGCGCUGAGUCCGGGUUUCUCGAUACCUAGUAUCGGGACCCCUUUACAUCAGCCGGAAGAGGAUCAACAGAUUUUACCACAUGCGUACCAGCAGCAACAGUCGAUGCCACAUAUGACCCCUAUGGGUAGUCUUAGUUCGUACGGAAUGCCUUCCAUCGGCAUGGGAACACCCGGAAAAAGUAUGCACACCUAUGCGCCGAGCUUCGCGGCUCCCCAGAGUAUGAUUCAACCACAGACACCGCAAAGUUUAAUGUCCCCGAUGGUGCCGAUGACGGAAGGCAAAGCAUCGGCAACGCCCAGCCAUCAGAACAGUGGAGGAAGCGUACGGGAUCCGGACAAUAUCGGCAGCGUAAAUAUUCACCAAACAAUGGGACCCGCAACGCCAAUGACACCGAUGACGCCGAGUGAACCGGCCAUUUUACCCCAGCUGCAGAACAUUGUGUCUACGGUUAAUCUCAGCUGCAGACUGGAUCUCAAGAAAAUUGCCUUACAUGCUCGUAAUGCGGAGUACAACCCGAAACGUUUCGCCGCGGUUAUUAUGCGAAUUCGGGAACCCAGAACCACGGCAUUGAUUUUUUCCUCCGGUAAGAUGGUGUGCACCGGGGCCAAGAGCGAAGAAGAUUCCCGUUUGGCUGCGCGAAAGUAUGCGCGUAUUAUCCAGAAGCUUGGUUUUACGGCAAAGUUUCUUGACUUCAAGGUACAAAAUAUGGUCGGCAGUUGCGACGUGCGGUUUCCGAUUCGUUUGGAAGGUUUAGUACUGACACAUGGCAAGUUUAGCUCCUACGAGCCGGAACUUUUUCCUGGACUGAUCUACCGUAUGGUGAAGCCGAGAAUCGUGUUGCUUAUAUUCGUCUCCGGUAAGGUUGUACUGACCGGAGCCAAAGUGCGGCAGGAGAUCUACGAUGCGUUCGACAAUAUUUAUCCUAUUUUGAAAAGUUUUAAGAAACAAUAGAUGAUCUUUUCGUCUUUCUUUACCCUUUUAACUGGCACUGAAUUCACCGGGUACUAUCGCUGAGAGGAUGAGUCAAUCAACAGGAGCAGAAACGUCUGCAUCCUAACCGUAAAAGUCACAUUUCAAGUUUAGCUUUCUGGUAAGUAAGGACUAACACAGCGUGAUAAGUUGUAUUUGUCCAAUGAUAAUUAAUAAAGGUCGACUAAUAACCAA